CCCCAAGGACUUACGCUGCCAGAUGUGAUGGCUGCUGAGAUGAAGGAUGACAUCUGGAAGGAGCCAGCUGCAGGGAUCACCUGGGAGCCAGCAUCUGCAAAUCACACAACCAGCCUGGAGAGGCGUGAGGGCUUACCGGCAGGAUGCCGCUGGUGAAGAGGAAUAUCGAGCCCCGGCACUUAUGCCGGGGGGCUCUUCCCGAGGGGGUGACGAGUGAGCUGGAGUGUGUCACCAACAGCACGCUGGCUGCCAUCAUCAAGCAGCUGGGCAGCCUCAGCAGGCACGCGGAGGACAUCUUCGGCGAGCUGUUCAACGAAGCCAACAGUUUCUACAUGCGGAUGAACUCGCUGCAGGAGAGGGUGGACCUGCUGGUCAUCAAGGUGACGCAGCUGGACUCCACCGUGGAGGAAGUUUCGCUGCAGGACAUCAACAUGCGGAAAGCCUUCAAGAGCUCCACGGUGCAGAACCAGCAGGUCGUGUCUCGCAACUCCAUCCCCAACCCGGUGAUGGAGAUGUACCAGCGCUGCGACAAGCCCCCGCCGCUCAACAUCCUCACGCCCUACAGGGAUGACAAAAAGGACGGCCUCAAAUUUUACACGGACCCCUCCUACUUCUUCAACUUAUGGAAGGAGAAAAUGUUACAGGCGACGGAAGAUAAGAGAAAGGAGAAGCGCAGGCAGAAGGAGCAGCGGCUGGUGGAGGACUCUACCCGGGAGGUGAAGAAAGUGAGGAAAGCCCGCAACCGGCGCCUGGAGUGGAACAUGAUGGCAUAUGAUAAAGAGUUUCGACCUGAUAACAGGUUCUCACCAUCCCCCUAUCACAUGGCGUCAUCGGAAGGAUCACUGUCCCCAGAUAACAGAUCUUACGCGUCGGACGCGGCCGACCACUCGUACCCGGCGAGCCCCAACCACCCCGCGCAGCUGCUGGCUCCGGUGUCCCACCUGGCCCCGGCGGAGCACAAAGAGGGGGUGCUGGCAGCUGCACCCCCCCAGGAGCACGUCUACCGCCCGGCACCGGCAGCAGGCAGCCGGCAGAACAGCCUCAACCGCCUCCAGCAGCCCCACGUGCCGCAGCCCCCCGAGGCUAUCCUCAACGGGCCGAGACCUCACUUAGUCAAGGAUUACGGCCCGCAGCCGAUGCCGAUGGCAGAGUACUUCGUGCCCCCCGCCCCGCCGCCCCCGCCCCCCGUCAUCCCCUCCGCCCAGACCGCCUUCGACAGCCCCAUCUCUGCACCCCCGGCGCUGGCCCCCGGCUCGGCCGCCCCCCCCUCCUACGCACCCUCACCACCCCCCGCGCCCCCCGGCCCCUAUUCUGCUUCCCCGCCGCAGGCCGGGCCCAUGGGACCCCCGGUGGCACCCCCCCCGCCACCACCAGGGCCCCCCGCCAUUGCCGCCUCGCCGGCGCACUCGGCAUCGCCACCGGCCCCCUCCGUGGAGCCCCGAAAGCCGCAGAUCCCGCUGAUGCCCAUGAGCGACGCCCGGAGCGAUCUGCUGGCAGCCAUCCGCAGGGGAAUCCAACUCCGGAAAGUCCAGGAGCAAUGGGAACAAGAGGCCAAAAAAGAGCCUGUGGGCAACGACGUGGCGACGAUCCUGUCCCGCCGGAUCGCGGUGGAGUACAGCGAGUCCGACGACGACUCCGAGCUGGACGAUAACGAGUGGUCGGACUGAGGGGCCCCGGGGCUGGGCUGGCGCGGAGCUCCCCGGCUCCGUACCAGGUGUGUAUAGGCGCCUUCCCCAACCCUCGAUGCCAACAAGCGCGGGCGGCCCCGCUCAUUCAGGAGCUUUGCUUUUACACUAUGUCAAAAACCCUUCGGGCAGCAGCAGCACUGGUAGGAUACACCUCGGAGGCAGUGAGACCAGAAAUUAGCAGCACCUUCACAUUUAAUGACUUCAGUAACGCUCUGAAGGCAGGUUGGUAGGAUUACUCCAGAUUUACACCCGGAGCACGACCAGAGACUGGCCCUGGGUGUGCUUUGCUAGAGAAGGGAAACCCAGAGUGCUUUUUCAGCUAGAUGUUAAAACGUGUUAAUGAGAAGCUCCUGGAGAAGAAGCCUGAUCGCACAGCUGGUGCCACCGUGGGUGUGCAGGGACAGCCGUGCACUGAGUUUGGGGGUGCUCUGCUGCCUGCACUCGUAGGAUCAGGCAGCUCCAGAGCCUGUGUGUGAGCAGGAGCCUCCUUCCCCGUAGAACCGUGCGCCACGUCUCGCCGCAGCCGCGUAGGAACGGUCACCAUCGUGCUGUCACUCCCUGGAGAAGUCCAAAGCGUUGGUGACCGGAGCCCGUUUCCAUCCUUAGGACCAGUUUUCUGGGAGAAACGGGUGAAGGCAAGGCAGGGAGAUGCAGUGGUUGUCUGGGCUUUGAAAGGUGCCAUGUGUGCUGUGCUCGGGGGGGGGGGGGGGGAAAGGGGCUGCCAGCAAGGGAGCAGAGGUGCCCAGGGAACCUCCCCAAACCCAGCUCCCCUUGGCCUUAGUGCGACACCACAUCAGUGUUAAUUAGACAAAAUGCUGCUCUUUGAGGUAAAUUCUCAACUUGCACUUUGCAGCCCCAUAAACCGUGCCUGUACAAUUGAGAUCAGCUCAGACCCAGGCACUAAUUCCCCCUGGCCGCAUCCUGCCCUGUCCCUUACCCUGCAGGUGGGCGCUGGGGGGGGAGCCUGGAGAGCUGGGCCCCCACCACGGCGCUGAAAAUACCAGUUUGCUCGUCAAAAUGGAGCGUGAUUCAUCAAAGGCUUUUCAUGCAGCUACGAAGGGAGAGGGCAUGGGAUGGCAGAGCGAAGGGGUGGGGAAUACUGAAAAUAUCACAAGGCAGGAGUAAGAGCCUGCAGAGAGGCAGGAGGGGUUCCCCACCAGCAGAAAACGGGCCAGGAUCAGCCGUGGACUUGCCCAACACAGUGUCCCGGGGUCCUCUCUUGUGUUCCCAUAAACCACGAGUCUCUGAAUGGGGGAAAACCAAGUCCCCCGUGUUGGAUCUCUUCUGGGGAGAAGCUGGGCCCUGAGCCCACCUCCCAGCUCUCCCAGUUGCCAUGUAGUUGAUGGCUACAAAAAUAGUAUUCUGACUAUCUAGAAGCGACCAGACCCGUAGAGGAGGUAGGAGGAUAUGGCUGGGACCCGAAAGGCUGAUCCUUAAAUUCAUCCUGAGAAGUGCUAGUGUUGAACGAUGCCCCCAGCACCUGCUCAUUUUCCCCCUGGUGAGAAACCCUUCAUGGUGAGAUGCGAUCAACCCCUCGCCCAGCUGCAGGGAAGUAUCCCCAGGAGAGCCCUCCCUUCUCUUGGCUGGCACACAGUGGUCUCUUGUCCCUUGGACAUGACACCUCCCGCAUCUCCACAUCUGGGCUGCGAGCUGUGGUGCUGAGCGGGGGGCUUGAAGGGAGGAGCAGCGUGGACGGGGGAGAUGGCAUGGAUGGUUAGGGAAAGGCUUAGAAGGGGAUGCCCUGCCAUGGGCCACAUCCCUGGGUUUGCACACACCCCCGCCCCCUUUCCUUAGGGAAAGCUCCCCUUGACUUCAUCAGGGCUGAUUGUCAGUGCAGGAACUGCAAAUAAAAUCCUUGGGUUUAACCCCAGAUUUUCCCAUUUUGGGAUUAAGCUGCUCGGGUGCUCGCCCCGCUCUGCCUGUCGAGGAGCAGCCUCUCCCAGCACAAGGAAACCUAGCAGUAUGGGAUGAGCUGUACGGAUCAAUCCCAACCUCCCGUUUUGCCAAACUCCUGCUGCAGGCAGGCAAGAAGCAGCAGAGCAAUAGGACGCAUGGCAUAGCUCAUCUGCAAAACCCCAGGAAACAGGCUUGACCAAAGGAGACAGGGAGACAUGGUGUACUGCAGGUGACCAGGAAAUUCCUGACGCUUGGUGCUCACCGAGAGCUCUCGUUUCUCACGUUGACCUUCUCGAGAUGCAGAGAACCAGCUGCAAAAGCUUGUAGCCAAAACUUGGUGUCUCUGCCCAGGCAGAGAGCCCCUUGUGAUGGGCUUUCCUUGCCGAGGUAGCUGGGUUUGACCUGAAGCAAGUUCAGAAGGACAUCUUGUAAAAAUUCAGAGCAACAUUUAAGCAGUCACCUGGCAGCGUUUGUUGCAGAGUGUUAUUAAUAUAGAUGCGAUCGCAAUACUCUUUGUAUAUGAAGAGACAUUGAGUUUAUUUGGAUAAUUUAGAAAGUAAUAACCCUUUGUGAGAGGGAGAGAAUAACAGAAGGCUGUCGGAGCUGCUGUUACCUGUUACAGCAGUCAAAAGGCUGCAGAGUUGGCGGUGGGGACCCAGCUGGGGCUUGGGCAGAGCCAAGGAGUCCCACCAGCACGUGAAGGCAAGGAAGGGGCUCUGGGACACGUGAGGUUGGCUCGUCACUUGAGUCUGUGACUCUCCCCGUUCUGCAAAGCUGAGCUCCAAAACAGGAGAGGACCCGAGUGCCCCUGGAAGACUGGGUUGCUUCUUUUCAUGCCCUGGUUGCUUUGUGCAUGUCAGGUGAAACUGUGGUCACUUUGUCAGGGCUCCGUCGGCGCCCGGCAGGUCAGGAUUGCCCCUGUAGCCUCCCGCUUCCCUGUCACCUCACAGCAACUUCGCUGCGCACAGGAUUGGCAGCAGUCGCUCAGCCUGUGCUUCUACCGGGGUUGAUGCUGUCGCAUGGCAAAGCACUCGACAAUCACGUAACUCAGGCCUCACCUGCCCUGUGCACAGGCCACGUCCGCAGAGCGGAUGGGCAGCUGGGAGCCUCGGGGGCUCAGGUAGCACGGCUCGCCCCCAUUUCCUCACACCUUGGUGUUCUUACAGCAUCCCCUCCUCUUCCAACAUCCCAGCACAUCCUCACCGUUGGCAUUCUGCUUCAGGGAAUUCCCAGCCCCUGGUAACCCAAACCCAUUUCACAUGCUCAACUCCAGACCGAGUCGGCAGGCCCAUAACCUCCCGGCAUUGCCCACUGCUUGAAGUCAUCAUGCUCCAGCUCUUCCAGGGAUCUGAACCGCCUCAGCUCCGCUGAAGCGGUCUUGAUUCCAGGGAUGAGAGAUCCACAUCGGAGCUCGUUGCUCAGGUUUCUUGGGAAGCUGGUGGAGAAGUAACCUGGAUGGUCAGCGUGGGCUGUAGACACUCAUUUCUGGUGUGAUCAUGGCACACACCUUGUUCUUCCCAACUCUCUCCUGGCAGUGCCAUGAGGCAGGCAAGCACGCGAUGGCCCCGAGAGCCCCAGACUCAUGAUACAGCCAUUCCUGCAAGGCCAACAUCCUCAGUGCCUUUGCUUGAGGGACUCAACCACCUUUGAGGAUCACCGUCAUUAUUUUAGGUGCGUUCAUCUAUUUUUUUAAAUACAGGUGACUCAUGAAAUUCAACACAAGUGACACCAACUCCUUGGUUGGGCUGGGUUAGCUCUGCUGGAAUUGGUUGUGCCAUACUAAUUAACACUGACUGGCUGACCCAUAUGCUGCUUACUCAAUAUUUUGUACAUCUGUGCCUAUUUCCAUAUACUCUUCCAAAAGUAGGCCAUGCUGUGUUACACAACCUGAAAUGCUCAAAUCCUCAUGUGGGCCGAUAUAAAAGUGAAUAUUUCAAUAUUUUAUCUAGCUUGGCAGCCAUUAAAAAUACAAUCCAGGUCACAAAUGAUGGAAUUUCUCCCCUCUCAAGUGUACCAGAAGUGGGCUGAGGAGAUUCUCCUGUACAUUAAGGUAUCACAUUCCACGUUAAAAUAUAGCAGUGGCAUUUCAUUGCCAGCAGAUAAUCAGAGUGCCAAACAUUUAAUGAGCCCAACUGAUCUCCUGAGAGUUCCUCUUUCCAUUUUAUCUGCUUUCUCUCCUACUUGCUAGUCUAUGGGCAUAGAUUAAAAAUAAUAAAUAAGACUGCCAACAGGGGGAAGCAUAUUCUGUAUGCAUCCAAAUUAAUUGGGCCAAAGUCAGUGGAAGAGUAAAUAAGCCAGUUUAGUUCUGCUUAGAGACAUUAAUGGAAGGCUCUAGUCCUUGAGGUCCAUCAGGAACCUCUUGGACAUCUCUGAUUUACCUGAAAAGGAACAUUACGGGGACCACCGUGCCCAUGGUAUGCCAGUCAUUGCCUGUGAGGGCAACAUCAGGUGUGAAGUCUGGUCUUGCCCAAGUUUUGUGAAGGUUGGUGGAAGUCGAGCUGUGUUCAUGUUCCAGUGUUGCACCCUCAGUGCCUCCCUGAUUUUGAGUGAACAUUGGAGCUGGUUGUUGACACUGGUGGCUCUUAGAGGAUCAGUGUCUUGAAGGAAUUGGGUAGUUUCUAACCUUCCACCCUGGGCAGAGAACCUAGGGAGGAACGAGCAUCGCAUCUUAUGAGAACUCCUGCUUUUGCAGCUAUUUUAUUCCAGGAAGGUUUUAUUCUGGUGACAAAUGUAAGGCUGAACAGAACUUCUCCAGAGAGCUCCCUUCAUAUAGGAGCCCUCAAAUUUCCUCCCAGAAAUUUUUCCAUCUCCCUUUCAAGACACCCAACAGCCUGAACAGAAGCAGCUUUGCAGACUCCCCUGGGAACAGAGCCUGAAUUAACACCUUGGCUUUAACGAUAAAUGGAAGUCUCAUUUGGAGGGAGGCAGGUUGUAGCACUGGAGGUAGUAUUUUGGCGAGUGCUUUCUGGAGGCGCACGGCCAGCAGAAGCACCACGCGGUUUCCUUGUGGACGGACCAUGGUGGGCCAUGGGAAGUUCUCCCCAUCAUGGGAUGCUGGCAAGGGGAGCAUAGGCUGUUCCUUUCACCAUGAUUCCUGUUUUCCUGUAGUAGUAGUUGAUAUUUAGGGGUAAGGUUUCCUCAGCUGAGAUGUCACUUUACAGACAACAAAAAAAAAAAAAAAAAAAAAAAAAAAAAAAGGACAAGAACUCUGUCCUGAGGAGUUUACAGCAAAGACCAUAUAACCUGCACUGCACUUUAGAAGCCUCAAACGCUCACUCACCCAUGAACUCAUCCUCAACUGGGCAGCAGCACCUUGAGGACUGUUGUCCCUUCCUUAAGUGACUCCACAACCAGCACCACACCUGCAUCCCCCCCGCUGAUGGCAGCAGUGGGGCUCUCCUGCCCCUCCCGCUAUCCCCACGCAAAAGUGCCUGAGCAAAGUACGGGAGCGCCAAGGCAUGCUGGUUUUGUCUCUGAGCAGGUCACCAUGCCCUCAGGAUGGCCCCUGCCCAUCACACAGGGCUAUGCUCCUCGGGGAUGGCCAUGCCUGCAAUAGGAAACUUGCCCAGGCUCACCGUUGUGGCUACCUGCCGACACUUAGAGCUGCCCAUGCAAUUCGUGUGAUGCCCUCCAAGCUCAUAGAAAACAUCCUCUUUCAGGCAUUUGUACCUAAGCCUAGACUUUGAAGUAUUUCAAUCUUUUGGAGAGUCAAAGGGUUUUUUUUUUCCUGUGAAUCUGAUCUUCCUUUAAGAAGCUCCAGGUUUUUUAGAAUCAUUCGCUCAAGCUCUUUCCAGGUGAGAAUCACACCUGCAUUUUGCUGGGGGAGGGAAGGAAAAAAAGAAACCAUCAAGAACUUCAGUGAAGGGUUUGCUCCAAAGCCUUCUGUACCGUGACCACAGGCAGGGUGGGAAGAAGACACUGGGAUGUUCCCAAAGGAGGACACCAUCCCAGUGGCAUCACUAGGCUGAGGCAGAGCCUGCAGCGAGGGAUGGGCUCUCACAGCCGGGAGAUCUCCAGGCAAGAUCUGGAUGGGAUGUGCUUGGCCACGGUGUCCCCUGAAGGCAAUGUUGAUGUGACAUUAUCAAUAUUCAUGUCUGUCUUGCAUUGAUACAGAGCCCUGAGGCCACAAACACCUCCGCAGCACUAUAUGAUGGUGGAGCACUAACGCUUCACCUUCCCACGGGCAUCCCUCCUAGCAGAUAUCUUCCCCCAGGUGCUACCUUCCAGAGGUCCCUCUGUAGUUUUUUUGCUCUCAGCAGGAAAAGGCUUCAAUCUCUUGUUGGUCAUUGUGUCUGGGGGCUCUUGAGCCCCAGCGUGUGUGAAGUGAGCCUUUCCCUGCACAUUUCUCCCACGGUGGCAAUGCCAGGGGACCGGGUUGGCCCUGGGGGACUUCCAGCCUUAUGAUAGCUCUAGCACGUAGCUGCGUAGAAAGUAUUAAGAUGACAGAGAGGAAGAAAUAAAACAGAAAGAAAAGGUUAGUUAUGCUCCCAUCACUCGGUACAGGAAGAGCCUCAGGUAAGUAAAACCCUGUGCAAACCCACAAAGAGCAGCGGGGAGAAUAAGCCUGCUCCCCAUGCACGUGUCAGACCAAAGUGCAAGGCAUGGGAUCGAGUUGUGGCAAAAAAAAAAAGGAGUUGAAUCAGAUCUCAGGGAAAGCUUUCUCCAGGUAAGGACAGAAAUUCCAAAACAAGUCACAGAGGGUCUACCACAGGAGGGCUUUGAGAAGCAGGUAGGCAAACACCUGAGAGGAACAGUGUCCGUGACCCUGUGCUGGGCCAGGGGAUGGUGCUCACAGUGCACCUCUUUAAACCCAGCACGUUUGCAGUUGUGCCUCAUCACCUCCUUCAGUGCCACUACUUGUUGUUCUGUCCCAGCAGGUUACAGCCCCAAAGCACGACCCAUCAGCCAGGGCAACCUGCUUGUACCUUCCCUUAGCUUUCCUGGCCCUUCUCCAAUUUUGGUGUUGAGCCUCAAAUACCAUAAAGAUAAAACGUACAGCAGAAUAAGCAUCUGAGAGGAAAAAGAUGUGAACUAAUGUCAGAAAACCAGGAUGUGCAGCUGCUGCUGCUAUAUUUCACUAGUUAGAAAGCAGCAGCUCCAGCAGCCUGCACCUCCCGACCACUCAUGGUCCACAACUGCAGUGUAUAAACCAUGCUGGUGCAUUAAGGUGAACAAUUUAAAAGUUACUCUUUGAUUUGACAUAGCUCAAUUAAAGACUCUAAAAAUGAACAACCUCACCCCCCCCCCCCAAAAAAAAACAAACAAACAACCUGAAAAACAA